AUGUCGACGCAACACGAAAUCAGCAUCCCCUUCUCCCUCCUCCCCGAAGAAUCACAACAGCACUUCCGCCUCCUUGAACUCCCUCCAGAUCUCCUCGACGUAAUAACCGCAGACAACGCCUCCCCCCUCUACCUCAAAUCCCCACCAACAGCUCAAGGAACCGUCGUCAUCUGCACCGACAAUGACACCUAUCCCAUCCGUCAAGUCAGCACCUCCAACAGCCUCUUCAUCACCUCCCCGUCCUUUCCCCUACCAGAUUCGCUAUCCAGUCCGGGAAUACAGGCGAUAGCGCAAUGUACCACCACCCUGGAACUCCUACCCCCUGACUCUUCCGCAUCCGCUGUCCCGUUUAUUAGAGCGGCGGUGCCUGUUUAUGCGUCUACCGGUUCAAAGGGGACUGGGAAGGCGGUUACGAAGCGGGAGCUAUUCGAUAGUAUCCCCCUAAGUGAAGCAGAAUGCGAGACCGUCUGGCGGAAACUCGCGUGUUUCGAACUUGAGGGAGGGGUGGCGGUGGUGCCGAGCGAGAGCGUUCGGCUUCAGGUGUGGCGGGGGAUUCUAACUGCUGCGCGGGCGGAGGGGGCGGAUUUGACGGUUGCUGUUGACAACGAGCAGUGUGAGGGUUUGGUUAGGGGUGAAGACGACUGGCCGGAGGAGUUAGUUGGGGCGUUUUUGAGGAGUAUCUCCGACUCUGCGUACGAUGGGGAGGGGAUGGUGGUGGAUGGAGAGAAACUCGCUCUCUCCCUCGGCCUGGCGUUGCUCAAAGACCGCACAGCCAACGGCCGCAACACGGUGGCAGUGAACGACAUCCAAGCAGAAUGGGCGGACCUCAUGCCCGAGCCGUGGCGGGAGAAAGCAUCGCUCGGUCGAUUAGAAAGCACCAUCAGACGCGAGAAUGGCGGGAAAGAGAUCACGCUCGUCGACAGCGACAGCGUCAAAGCCGCUACAGCCGUUGCGGGCGCAGCCACAGAAGCGAAAUCCACCCUUGGAGCGAAGAGGAAAUGGCACGAGAAGUUUCGGGCGGCGAAGAAGACUGCUUGA